GCCAGGCAGAUUCGCUUUGAGGUCUCCUCCGCAAGUAAGGAUGAAUCUUCGUUGGAGCUGACGGUCAACUGGCACGACUGCACCGACCUGAGCCACCAGCUUCAGAAGGCAGCCCCUUCCUGUGUGGAGGCACUAGCGUUACCUUUGGGGCAGCCGGCCAUUUUGCAUGCGACGUCGGAAUGGUGGGAGCUCCGAGCAGCGGUGUUGAAGGUCGUCGGAGAGAAUUUCUUGAUGGACUCCAAGCCCUACAUGAAAGCUUGCGCUGGCGGUGCUUUGUCACUUCUGAACAAAGGUGAGGGCAAAAAGUCGAAGAAGCUGGGCCUUGAUCAAGGAGCCGGAUAUGCUCCAGCUGCCCUGCCGGACGCGUUUGCAGAGAUUGCUGCCAAGCUGGCGGCACGCGUGUGUCACUCCUGGAGCCUCGCAAGUGAG